AUGGGAGGUGAGCCAUUCGCGGGAGUUUCAACUCUGCAUGCAUUGCUCGCGGCGGAAUGCGCGGAACGCGCGGGGACGUACCUGGGCUCUACUAAAACAUAUCCUGUCGACGGCACCAUCAAGAGCAAGGUCAUCAGUCCCCCAUUCAAUGGUAUCCUGAGCGGCGACGAUUCCGUUAAUCCGGCCUUCUAUAACUGGAACCUCGUCAGAGUCGUGUAUUGUGACGGCGGGGGUUUCCUCGGCACCAGAGGGCGGGUGUCUACUAACGGGGAUGUGGUGUACAUGGACGGAUGGAACAUUAUACAAGCAAUACUGAAAGACCUGCAGGCCAACCGCGGCAUUCGCUCAGCAUCUCGUCUGCUAAUUUCCGGCAGCUCAGCGGGCGGCCAAGCGGUGGUGCAUCUGUGCGACACCAUCGCUGCUGCUGUUCCCUCUGCCGAUGCCCGCUGCGUUGUUGAUUCGGGAUUCUUCGUUGAUUCGGAGGACCGCAGCGGCAGCUUCACCUUCCGCUCUCUGGCGCAAAAAAUGGUCGCGCUGCACCAGCCCAACUUCGGGGAGUGCGCGCAAGCGUACUCCUCUACAUAUCAAUGGCGCUGCUUCUUUCCCCAAUACACCAUCUCGCGCACAGUCUCUACACCUCUCUUCAUUUUCAACACGCUUUUUGACAACAUUGCCCUCACCAUUGGGAAGCAAUUACCAGACAAUAAAGCGCAUGACUGGAUGGGUCUCUGA